AUGUCAUCGGCACCGACUUCGCUAAACUUCCUCAUCACGGGCGCCGGCCGUGGCAUCGGGCGCGGCCUGUCUCGGCUCUUAUUGCAGCGCGGUCACCGGGUAUUCCUGCUUGACAGCAAUGCCGAGGAGCUGCAGCACACGGUUACCUCGGUCCUUGCGGAGAUUCCCAGGACAAGGUACAGCCACUCGCUGACGGAUCUGCGCAAGCCAUCUGAGAUUCUCAGCGCCGUGGCUCAGGUGGCGGAGUUUUUCGACAACAAACUUGACGUCCUCGUCAACAACGCCGCAGUGACAAGUGCCGUCGGUGGCUCAGAUUUUGAAAGCCUUAGUCUCGAGGACUGGACAGCAUCGCUCGAGACGAACCUCACGGCACCGUUCCUUCUGAGCCAGGCGUGUCUGCCCAUGCUCAAGGCGAGGGGCCAGCAAAAUACAAGCGCAGGAGCCAGUGGUGGCAGCAUCAUACACAUGUCGAGCACGCGAGCACACCAGUCUGAACCCAACAGUGAGCCCUACGCAGCCACCAAGGCGGGAUUGCUGGGCCUAACACACAGCAUGGCAAGUAGCUUGGCGCCACUCGGCAUCACGGUCAACGCUAUCUUGCCAGGCUGGAUCAAUGUUGCCAACGAGAGCAAGGAGGCUGACGAGAGGGGUGCGCGAUGGGAGGACGGCCUGACAGAGGCGGAUCACAAGUGGCACUUUUCUGGGCGGGUAGGCAAGGUGAAGGAUAUCGCUGCCGCAGUGGAGUUUCUGGCGCGGGAGAAGUUCGUCAAUGGCCAGGAACUUGUGGUCGAUGGAGGCGUCACGAAGAAGAUGGUAUACGACGAGUGA